UAUAGACCAAAUUCUAGAACGGUGCACCAUUGUUGUUCCACAGAUCAAAAGGAUUUCCAAAGUUGGUGGCAACAUGCAGGUAUACCUCAUCUGGUUGUUGCUGGCAUCACUGACAUUGACGAGCGCCGAAUCACAGGGUGUUUACAUCUCUCAGGCUUGGUCCGGUGGUUUCCAUGGGCAUGUAACGCUAUCUCCAAGUCAGGAUUUACAUGGAUGGGAAGUUCAUGUCAAAUUCAGUAAACCGGUUGACUCAUUAGAGGUUUGGACCGCUAAAGUUUCAGCUGUAAGUUCUGAUAAGACGGAGUAUACCUUAACAAACAAAGAUUACGACCAGAAUAUACAGGGAGGUAGUGAACUGCAAAUUGAUUUUAAUGGUCACAUGUCAGGGGAUACGGCUCCUACAGCAACAUUAAGUGGCGGCGGAGGAUCAUCUCAAACAUCAGCACCCUCUGGAGGUGGUGGGUCCGCUACGCAGGCGCCUGCUGCUACACAGGCUCCUGUAACAUCUGCUCCACAGACAGGAGGUUCUUCUAAUAUUAACGCUCAUCCUAGCACGAAGUUUGAUUAUGCAAAGGCCUUGAAGCUUUCGAUUUUAUUCUUUGACGCCCAAAGAUCUGGACGAUUACCAAGCAACAAUCCAAUUCCAUGGCGAAGUGACUCAGCAGUAAAUGAUAAUGGAGACGGUCAUGAUCUUUCGGGAGGGUGGUAUGACGCUGGAGACCAUGUAAAAUUUAACUUACCUCAGGCUACAGCAACACAUGUUCUGGCAUGGGGAUUAGAGAAGUUCAAGGACGCCUAUCAAGCUUCAGGACAACUCGAUAUGAUGUAUGAUAUGUUAAGAACGCCCCUUGAUUAUUUUCUUAAAUGCUGGCAACCUGACAGACAAGUUUAUUGGGUCCAGGUUGGUAACGGAGAGAUUGAUCACGGAUAUUGGGGUCGACCUGAAGACAUGCACAUGUCACGACCGGCCUACAAAGUAACAGCAGGAUCCCCAGGCAGUGAUGUAGCAGGCAACACCGCCGCUGCAUUGGCAGUGGGGUCUCUUGUGUAUAAGGACAAAGAUCCAUCUUAUAGUGCCAAGUUACUUGCGGCAGCAAAAUCUCUAUAUGCAUUUGCAAAAGCACAUCCUGGUAUAUAUUCAAACAGCGUUCCGGAAGCCAAAAACUUUUAUGGAUCAUCUGGAUGGGAAGAUGAGAUGUGUGAAGCUGCAGGUGCAAUGUAUAAAGUUACAAAAGAUCAGCAAUAUUUGAACGAUGCCAAAGGAUAUGACAAAGGAGGUGCCGGAUGGGCGUACUCUUGGGAUGCGAAGAAUGCGGGUUGUCAGUUAUUACUUUGGGAGGCGACUCACGAAGGAAAAUAUAAAGGGAAAGUAGAAGAAUUUGUCAAUAGCUAUGAUUAUGGAGGAAGUGUUCCGAUCACACCAUGUGGGUUAUCAUGGAGAGAUAAAUGGGGAUCAAAUGGUUACGCUGCUGGUGCAUCAACGAUAGCUGUAUUAGCUGCUGCUGAUGGUAUUGGUGGUGAUAAAUUCAAGAAGUUGGCCUUGCGGAAUAUUGAUUACAUGCUAGGUGAAAAUCGGCAGCAUUUCAGUUAUGUUAUAGGCUUUGGGAGUAGCUUUCCAAAGAAACCUCAUCACAGAGCAGCAAGUUGCGCACCUGGAUAUUGUGCAAAUGCAGGACAGGAUAGUCCAAAUCAAAUAAAUGGUGCCUUAGUGGGUGGUCCUGGGCGCAAUGAUGACUAUGAAGACAAAAGAGAUGAUUACAUAAAAAAUGAGGUGUCCGUUAUUAGUAACGGUGUAUUUCAGACAGCCGUCGCAGGUCUUUACCAUUUUGCUAUCAACAACCAGCUUCCAUCACCGCCUGCUCCGAAAUGCUAAUUUAAUUAAAAUUAUAUAACUA